AUGUCCAAUGGUUUUAAUUCCAGUUUCAAUUUCUAUUUGUUUGAAGACAUUUCGCCGCUAGAUAUUACCAUACUCAUAGCUAUCGGUCUCCAUAGUUCAUAUAAAACGCGCGAGGACCUAUCGCCACGGGAUCUACUCCAGAUCUGCAGACUAGUAGAACACAAGCUAGAGCCCGAGGAGAUACCCAAAUACAAUGACUUGGGUACAUUUCUCACCAUUUUUGAUUCGCGGUUUGCUCAUAUUUUACAAGCCGAAUCGUGGCGGAUCCAAGAUGUUGAAGAUUUGAAUCUGUUGAUUCGACACCGGCGCGAAUCGUUGUCGGACUCGUCCAACGCCGUGGUGCGGGACGCGGUGGGUGUCAAUUGGAAAAUUGGCGCCAAGUCCGUGUUUGGCACGUUUGUCAUGCGUGUUUGUGCCCAGUAUGAAUUGUUGGAGUUUGAUGGGUGUGCUCAACUUUACCAAUCCUUUGUUGGGUUUCGAGAAAGCACCAGCACGAAAUUUGUUAAUACUAGGACCCAUUAUCGUCACCACGAAGAACAAGAAGAAGAAGAACAAGGACAAGACGAAGUGAAUGAUGAUGAUGAAGACGAUGAUGUUGUUGGCGAACGGCUAUACAACGCGUUGGAACACCAAUUGAGCAAGAUUGGAGCAAAGAGGCUGCGGAACAAAAAGAGUGCCGCGGUGACUAUUUCGCGAUCCAAGCUCGAUAUGGAGAAAUUGGUUGAUCGGCAGAUUGCCGUGUUGGAAAGCCACGGCACGCCCACGCCGGGGUACUUGCGCGAAAUCUUGAACAUGAUGACCAAUGUCGGGACAGGGUCCGGCGGACACGAGCCCAACUUCCAUGCUGUUCCUUCGUGCUAUUACUUGAACUACUUGGAGCAUCUAGCAUGCUCAGAUUACAACUCUGCUGUCGACUCAUUACACCAGUAUUUUGAUUACAUGGUGUCGAACAAUUCAAAAUACUUUUACCAUUUCGCUUUGGUGUCCAAGGCUUCACUACACCUGUUUUUCGGGGAGGAUAAACAGGCAAUCGAUGCUAUAGUUGAAGCGAUCAGCGUUGCUCGAGAAAACAAAGAUAAUGCAACGUUGACCUAUAUACUUAGUUGGUUUUACAACUUUAUGCAGAAUAAACCCUGGUUGUGGCAGCUGCAGGAUUUGUUCAGUAAAGAAAGUCAAGAACACCUAUUGGACUUUUUGAUCAAAAAAAGCUCGAGUGUCAAUUCGCUGUUGCUCGCGAUAAAUCUUGGAUUUGAAACGAUGCGUUUAGUUCGCAACGGAUCGUGUGGCGUGGAUGAAUACAUGGGCAAUCUCGCCAAGACCAUGUUUAUUGCUGUGAAUGACGACAUUGGCGCAACGACGUUUGUGCGGUGUGCCGAGUUGGCAUCCUGCGUCUGGCAGAUGGUGGGUGUAACUCCACUAGCUCAGGCAUACGGAGAUUUGGCCUUGCGAUAUAGUUUGAAAUCCUCGGACAAUGUCAGUAUUCUAAGCAGGAGACUCUAUCGCGAGUUUUCGCAGGGCCGAGACCGAGACAAGUGCGUGCUGGAAAUGGCUGAUCUCAAGCUGAGUUAUUUCUUGCACAAUGACGAUGACUCGUUAUAUAACUCGAUCCAGAUCCGGUACUUGAUGAUGCAAGCGAAAAUCAGUUUGAUCCAAGGCCGCGCGCGAAUGGCAAGAGAGUUGAUCUCGGUGUUGCUCGACUCGGAUUGCAAGGACUUGGAGUUGAAGACGGAGUUAUUGAUGCUCGAGAUUGAAGUGUGCAAGGCGUUUGGCAACUAUCUGGAUGCCUUGGAUAAGCUUGCUGCGAUUCCAGUGCUGGAUGGGUAUUUGAUGCUUCGGUUGAACAUUUUGAAGUGCGAGAUUUUCCAUCUUUCAGGCAACCCGUAUCGUGUCUUGUCCACUGUGGUUCAAAGCAUCGAGCUGUGUAGGAGAUUUGGGUUUGUUGCGUUGCUUAUCCAAGCCCAAACGUGUCUUAUUCUGAUGUUGAGCAGCUUGGGUUACGAAAAGGAUGCCGCGAGAUUGAGAGAUGAGAUUAUGCCCACCGUUGAAAGCUACGGCAAUGAAGAUUUCCGAAAGAUGGCUAUAAAACAAACUUGA